AUGAAAAUAUUUCAUCGAAAAGUUUUUAAAAUUUUUGUUCUUCAAUUCUUUUUAAUUUUGGUGAUAGUAAAUUUGGUCAAGGCUAGUAGUGGUGGAGCUGGUCGUGAAAUUGAGGAAGUUAAAGAAGAUAUUCAAGAAGAAGGAGAGUCAACUAAGAAAGAGUCAACAACUGAUUAUCUAGGAGAUAAUAAAGAGAGAAUGAAAGUAUUUGGCAAGGGAGGAUACAAGCUGAAAUAUCAAAGCAAAGCAAAAAAUAAGCAUAUAGGAGAAGGAUCGAGAGGUAAAUGUUUAGAUUAUUAG